UUAAUCUUGAUGGCUGGGAGUCGUAAAAGGGGAGGGAACAAAGCAAAAGUUAAGAAUCUAAGUCUAGGCGAUCUUGUUCUUGCCAAAGUCAAGGGUUUCCCUGCCUGGCCUGCCAAGUGAAAGGCCUAAUUUUGGAAUUCAAUGUCCUGCCAUGCGUAUGUUAGCAGAUUGUGAUUUCAGUAUUUCAGAUUAGCCGGCCUGAAGAUUGGGAACGAGAACCUGAUCCUAGGAAAUAUUUUGUCCAAUUCUUUGGAACACAAGAAAUAUGUGAUAAGUCAUGCAGAUUAUCUGGGAAUUUUACAUCUUAUGGUUUCUUGAUAUGAUAAUUUGGGAAAUCAUGAGAUGUGCUUUAGGUAACCAAGUUUUUCAUCCUAGGAUGGAGAAAAUCAAGCACUGAUACAAUGACAAAUGAUGUAAUAUUUUUCUACUUCUACAGGUUCUUAGUAUAGCAUAUUUAAUAUUUGAGUUAAUUGUUUGUUUUGGGGUAGUGGAAGAUAUCUUUCUACCAUUUUGUGGUGGUUGUUAGCUCUGAAGCUGAUGUUGGUUGACGAAGCUUUCUUGGACUUGUGUUCUUCUCAGGAAUAUUAGUAUAGCAUAUGCGGGUUAGUUAGGAUUGGAGGUUAUUCCUAAUCUCCAAUAUGUUACAAAAGGAGUUAUGAUACCAUGUAGUUGUUGAAUUGGAUAAUUGUUAAUGGUAAUAAAAAAAUUUAAAAUCUGUUUAAUGGUUUCAUUCUGUGACCAUUUGGCAACCAUUUCUCAUAAUUUAAGCAAUUUAAUGUUUGUGUCAACUUAUAUGGGAAAUCAUGGUGCUUUACGAUUGUCUGGUUUAGCUUCUGAAAUAUCUUCUCUACUUUAGAAAACUGAAGUAGGUGAAACAUGGAUUUCAAAAUUUUUAUCUUUUAUAGCCAAUGGAAUGAGCUUGUAAGAGCUAACAGUGAAGCUCUGAAUUGAAAUAUCUGCUUGUAGAAGGUGAUAGGUCUACAUAACAAAAAUUACUUAACAGACCAAAGCACCUAUUUUAAAUAAUUUUAUAUGUUAUUAUUAUUUUCUUAAUACUCUAUUUCAGCAAUGCUUAGGCUCUUAAUAUCGAUGUAUUUAUGGGUUGUAGUGAAUGUUGAAGUCAUAUUGUUCAAGAAAGCAAAGGUGUUUAGCUUUAUUAUUAAUCAUGAUCAUUUCUUUAUUACUAAAUUGUAACAGUGCUGAAUUUGAAUGUUGGUGUAGCUUUUUUUGGUGUUUGAAUUGAAUGUCAUUGCAAUUUUCCAAUUAUUAUUUAUUGUUGGUGUUAAAUGGAUUUGUGGUUUAGGUAUUUUUGUGUGCUAUCUUAGAUUUUAUUCUCAUAUUUAUAUUAAUGUAGAAUUUUAGAAUUAUUCUUUUAAUUUCUUGUAGAGAAUGACCAAACUUGAUGGAGGAUUUAUUCAUAAUGUAUGGCUGUAGCACAUUUAGGUUACAACAAUGGAUCUUUAUUUUGUACAAUGGAACUUUUAUGUUUGGCUGAUAACAUUUAUUUGUCUGCUUUUCAUCUUGAAUGUUGAAUGGACAGUCUUUGUAGCUACAAGUAUCUCAAAAAGAAAUACAGUUCAAACCGAUCUUGUAUAUAUUUGGAAACUGUUUGGACAUAAGGUUUUCAGUUUUACUGUCAUGUUAAGAGCUUUUGUUGCCCCUGCUGAUAUUCAAGCAUUUACUAGUGAGACAAAGAGUAAAUUGUCUGCUAAGUGUCAAGUUAAAACUAAGCACUUUGUCCAAGCUGUUAAGGAAAUCUGUGUGGCAUUUGAUGAAUUAAAUGAAGAGAAGUCCAGUGGUUUGAGAGAUGAAACUAAUAGAUCAACACCUGGCUGUGAGGCUUCAUCUGUUGAUGGGGUUGGGGAUGAUAGUGCAGAGGCUGACUUAAAGAACGGAAUAGGUGCACUAGCACCUGGAAGAGAAGCCACUAGCGAGGGAAAAGGUGAUCUUGUUUCCAAUUUGGGGUGCUGUUCACGCAGAGGUGAGAAUAAUAGUGAAGAUAUAAAGCCGUCAAUUUCGGGUCAUGUGGAUGAUAGCUCAUCUCCGCAUAUGUCUUCUGAGGGGAAACAUAAAAUGUCAAAUGGUGAACAAUCUAAAAAGGUGUUGUCUCCAUCAUCUUUAGAUGAGCCUUCUCAUAUGAAGGAAGAAUUCUCUGAUGAUAAAAUUGCUACUGUCAAUUGUACUAAGAAAACAUUGAGGGAUGAUUCGAAGUCAAAGAAGAUGGCCCCUGGGCCGGAGAAAAGAACUGAGGAAGGACACAAACGCAGCAGCUCAGCUGCAACAUUAUCGAGGGAUGAUAAAUCUGGUGGUUAUCUUGAUCGGCCUGAUUCUAGGGAGCAAUUGAAAGAUAGAGUAAAAGGCAAAGUCUCUGGAAGUGGUGUAAGAAAUUUCUCACCAGAUGCUAUCAAAUCAGAUUCUGAUUACACUGGUAGUAAAAGAGCAAAGGAAUUGCUGAAAACCAAAAGCAACUUCAAGGCUACUGAUGACAUAUGGGACAAUGUGGCCAAUUCCAAAGGUGAAACUACUGGCAAGAAAAUAAGGGGUGAACCUGGACUUGGAAAGCCAAAACUGGGAACAGAUGAAAUUUUACAUCCUGCAAAAAAAUCUAAGUUUGCAGAUAUGAAAAAUGAUUCUUCAAAAGGAUCUAUUGUCAAAAACAUGAAAAGUAAUUCUCCAAGUUCUAAAAGUGUCAAUGACAAAGCACCUAAACAAUCAGAGUUGAAAAGACCCACAUCUCAUGUGUUAGCAUUGAGAGCCCAAACAGUCAUUAGAUCUGAUGUUUCUGGUGAUGAAGCUGUGCUGCCCUUACCAAAGCGCCGUCGGUGGGCUUUGGAGGCUAUGUCUGAUUCUGCCUCUCUUAAUUCUGAUGAUAAAAUUGUAAAAAAUCCUGUUGAAUUGAAGAAUGAUACUUCAAGUUCUAGUAAUGUGAAAAUUCCAGCUACCCAAUUGUCCAAAAGGCGGAGAGCUGUUUGUCUUUAUGAGGAUGAUGAAGACGAUCCCAAAACUCCUGUUCAUGGAGGAUCUGCCAGGAAUGUUAAGGUAACUUCUGUUGUUUCUGAUGGUUCAAAGAGCAUUGAUGUAAAUCACGUGAGUGCUAUCAAUGCUCAACAUAGUGUUGGAGAUUCCACCCGACAUGAGAAUACUGGUCCCAAGGAGGCUUCUUCACAAUUAGCAAAUGAUUUUGUGUCACCUCUUCGACCACAAACUGUCGAACGGAGGCCUUCUAGUCAUGCCUCUGUCACUCCUGAAAGAUCAAAACUGGAGCAGUUGUCUUCCAAGGAGGCGAAACCAGUCUUGAUUUCCCCAAGGAAGUCUCCUCAUCUGGUUUCCGCCACCAAACAAGUCGUUGAACAACAUAUAACUACUAAAGCUACUGUUAAGGUUUCCAAUAAUGGAACUCAGAAAAGGGCUCCAUCUGGCUCUGUUAAGGGAUUGGGUGUGGUUUCUGAUGGUUCAAAGUCUUCUCAGAAUCAGGCUUUGAAUCAAAGAUAUGGGCCAGCUUCUUCUGUAGAAAGACUGAAAUCUACUCCCAAAGCAAGUUCACGUGUAAACGACACAACUUUUGACACAACUUAUGUUACCGAAACUUCAACGGAAUUUGAUGUCUUUAGGGAAGAUAGAAGCGGUUCAUUUAAUGAUUCCAAGACUCCAGAUUCUGCUUUGUCUAUGAAGCAUCUUAUUGCCGCUGCUCAGGCAAAAAGGAAACAAGCUCACUCUCAACAAUAUUCUCUUGGAAAUCCUAGUUCCAUUUUUGUGUCAAUGUCUGAUGUUCAGGGGGUGAGCCCCAGUCCUGCAGUUCAGCAUUUUCCAUCUGCUAUCAACAAUGUAAUGCCAGCUGAUGUGCAGGGAGUUGUGCAUCAAACUAAUCUAGUUUCUCCAUCAACUCUUGGUCACCAGUCAGGAUCGCAAAAUCAACAGGAUACCGAAGAGACCGAAGAGAGAAGAGCUAGUUCAGGACACAUGGCAGCCGGAGGUUCUCUCAGUGGUGGUACUGAGGCAGCUGUUGCACGAGAUGCUUUUGAAGGAAUGAUAGAGACUUUAUCAAGGACUAAAGAAAGUAUUGGACGUGCAACUCGCCUUGCUAUUGAUUGUGCUAAAUAUGGCAUUGCAAAUGAAGUUGUUGAACUUCUUAUCCGGAAGUUGGAAAGCGAGCCCAGUUUUCAUCGUAAAGUUGACCUGUUCUUUCUUGUUGAUUCAAUAACCCAGUGUUCACAUAAUCAGAAAGGCAUUGCUGGUGCUUCAUAUGUCCCUACGGUUCAAACAGCAUUGCCCCGUCUCCUUGGUGCAGCUGCUCCACCUGGAGCAAGUGCUCGUGAAAAUCGUCGUCAAUGUCUCAAGGUUUUACGGUUGUGGCUUGAGAGGAAAAUUUUACCUGAAUCUAUUCUGCGGCCUUAUAUGGACGACAUUGGAGUUUCAAAUGAUGAUACAAUUUCAGGAUUUUCUCAAAGGCGCCCGUCUCGAGCUGAACGUGCUAUCGAUGAUCCUAUAAGAGAAAUGGAAGGCAUGCUUGUUGAUGAGUAUGGCAGUAAUGCUACAUUUCAGCUGCCUGGCUUUUUGUCUUCUAAUGCAUUUGAAGAUGAAGAGGAAGAAGAUCUUUCAAACAGUUCUUGCAGAGAAGCUGCUGAUGCAUCAGCAUUAGAACAAGGUCAGGCUUCAGGAGAGUUAGAAACAUGUACAGUUACUCCAAGUGAUAGGCGUCAUUGCAUCUUAGAAGACGUGGAUGGUGAGCUUGAAAUGGAAGAUGUUUCUGGACACCUGAAGGAGGGCCGACUAUCAUUCACGAAUGAUAGUCUUGAAAUGGAGUUGCAGCAGCAGGGCACUGAUAAAAUUAUUGAACCAGGUUCAAAUAGCUCCAAUGAAUUCCCUCCUCUACCAGAGGGUUCCCCGCCUUUGCCCCCAGAUUCUCCUCCACCCCCACCACCUUUGCCACCUUCACCACCUCCACUUCCGCCUCCACCUCCACCUCCAUCAUCUCCAUCACCACCUCCACCUCCACCUCCUCCACCUCUACCAACGCUACCACCCCCUCCUCCUGUGCUGUCUUCAUGCCCUCCGCCAGCCUUUAUACCUCAACCUCCAUUGCUAUCUCAACCAAUGCUACCACCCCAGUCAUCAAUACAGUCUUCACCACAGUUGACAUAUCAACCGCCUGUACCUCAUGAAUUCCGGGGCACACCAAAUUGUAAUCAGAUAGUUCAAAUGGCUGGAAAUACUCCUCAUGGGGGCCAUAUUGAUGCUGCUGUGAAAAGCGAAUUGUUUCCGCAGAAAUCACCUUGCUUUCCAACGGGAGUCUGCAAUUCUAGAGAGCCUUCUGGAUAUAGUUCUUCAAGGCAAUUGGAAUAUGGAAAUAAUGAAAUGUACUUAAAUCCCCAAUCAUCUCAACCAAGUCAACAGUUUCAACCUGGUAAUACAGCCUUUGUGCAGAGACCUUUACCCCCUAGUCUGCCACAAACCUCAUCUAGCCAUUUCUCAUUCACAAAGCCUGCCAUGCCACCGCAUCCUCAGCAUCCAUAUCCUCAAUACCCACUGCCAUCACAACAUGAUGGCCGGAGGCCAUUUGUUGCUGAUGAACAGUGGAGAAUGCCUGCAGGAGAAUAUAACACUGAUAAUCAGCGUGGUGGGUGGAUAGCAGGAAGAAAUCCAUCACCUUCUGGCCCUUUGUUUGUCCAGGAAGGUUAUUUUAGACCAACUGUUGAAAGACCACCCUCAAGUAAUAUGGGUUUUCCAAUUGCUUCUACUAAUCAUUUACCAGCUGGAGCUCCAAAUUCAGGUCAUGGUGUUUCGCAAAUGUUGCCAUGUCGACCAGACAUGUCUGCCAUUAAUUGUUGGAGGCCAGCUUGAGAAUGAGGAAAUAGUCUUAUUAGUUGGCUGCAAGACAAGUUACAUAAAAGGGUGGGUUCAAUUUGUGGACAAAAUACAACUACCACAUGAAGGCGGUGUUAACUUGUGGAGACUCUUGGCAGGAUUGUGUAUAGUGUAAUUUUUCCUGACAUAUGUAUCCCAGGAACAUUUGCUUCUGAGUGUAGGCCCAUAUUUCUGACUUGCUUCUCUCAGUGGCUCUACCUGCACUCUAUUUGGAGGUUUUGGAAAUCAUUUGAUCCUGAAAUGUCAACAUUUAUGGUAUUGCGACUUGGGAAUCCACCAAUGUUGACAGGUCCUAAGCAGAGCAAACUACUGCAAAAUGUUGAGGUAAAUAUUUGACAUGGAUUCUUGAACCAAGACUGCUUGGAAUUUUUAAAUUCGUCAGAUAGGAAUACUUCUCACGAGGAUGUUUCUUUCAAAGUGUAGGUAGUUAGAAAAUGCUUCAAAAUUUUUUGUUAAACUUCCAUGUUUAUAAGGUAUCA